AACCGUUCAGUCGAGUUGUGAUCGUCCCGAAUGCUGGUCGUGCCUGGCUGCAGUCGCGUUGGUUCCGCCGCCCGCAGUGCAAUAGUGGUAGUUCCGGAUUGGUUCACAUCGGUGUGAGGAGUCGCACCCUCGCAUGGCAGUGUGAGGCCUCGAGAAGGCCACAAGAGGCCCAGAAAAGUGGAUAGUACACACAGGCCGCCACCGCAGCCGCCUGUUUCUUUGUUCGUCCUUUUCCUCUAUCUGGUUCUGGAAGGGCAGUGAUUCAACAGCUGGGUGUUCGAGUGUUAGCUACUGGGGAGAAAACCGUUUAUGAUAACCAGUGCAAUAUACCAAAAAAUAUAUCGUCACAUGCUCUAUUUCUAGGAAAUGGCAGGGGUAAAGUGGAUCCAAUAUUCCUGGUGACGCAGUUAUGCUUGUAUUCCAAUCAUUACACUGGUAGUUGAAGAAGUGGUGGUGUUUCGCCGAACGACACCUAGAAGUGCAAUUUAUCUGAAGAGCAAAUUUUUGGUGUGCAUGGAAAAGAUGAAAUCAAUUGUGUAACAGCUACCAGUGCUAACUGCUGUAAGUGGAUGCAGGGUGUGAGGUCUAUGCUUUUUUUCUACUUCUUCACACUCGGAACAUUCCGUCGCUGUGUUUGUGUGUUCAAAUUUUCAGUGGGUGUGCUGGUUGACUAGUUUCAUUUUUUUUUCAUUAUUUUCUUUUGAAUAGUUCAACGAUCAUUUGAACACCAGUGAACUCUCCGAACUCGCCAGGUCAUUGGUUGCCAGUGGAGAAGCUCGAACGUUCAAUAGACGAACCCAAAAGAUUCACUCAAUCACAAACUUGGAAAAUAAUCUAAAUGAGUUCCAAUACAAAAGUCACAUGACUGGUCGCAAUGUGUAAAAUCCCAUUAUGGCCCUGGUUAGCCAUAGCAUGGAAAUGGAAGCUGGUUCUGGCGUCGUUUUUGCUACUCCAGAACGGUUGCGUCAGUCCCGUACAGUUAAGUGGUUCAAGAGUAAACGAUGGAAGUACCAGUAGUGUUGGAACGGCGGGAGGCUUCACGGUGGCAAACAGUAGGAACGCUAUCCUUCUGGCGAAAACGCAAGCUAACGUGGAAGCAAUCGAAGAUUCUCUGCAAACUAUUCACGACAUAGCGACCGAAAAUUUGGGCACUCUCUGUCUUACCAAACUCUUUCGCCCACUGCGAAUAACACUGAACCCGGAACGUUACUCCGGUGCCCGGCAGAAAGCGGACCUGGCAGCAGUAGUUUUACAAGAUGUGGGAGUCGCUCGACAUAACGGUCUUCUGGAUGCGCUGGCGAAAGGUUUACUAUCGGAUCCACAUGUCACGAGUGCCAGGAUUCUCUCGAUCAACAUUUCCGAUGGGAUGAUAACCAACUCAGUUUGGUGGGACAAACCAACUUCUGGCAUGGCGGGACCUCUCCGGAUGGAAGAAGAAGGGAUUGCCGUUGGCAAAGCUCCCGAUCACAACUAUCCUUGGUUCGAGGAUGAAUCAUCAUCUCCGGGUCUUCGGUCGCCAAAGUUUGCUCCUUCACCUCUUAACAUAUCGUAUCGAGGCUGGUGGACCUAUCCUUACUACUCGUGUAACCACAAACGGUGGAUUCUAUCCUACAGCGUUGCAAUACCACCGAUGGGACGGCAUGGGUUACGUGGUUUUCUCAGCAUUGAUGUCGAUAUCUCCGAUCUGCAGGUUAACCAAUGCGACAAUCCAAACAAGUUGGAGAUUAUGGGCUACAAUCACCAUUUAAGACAAUACUACCCGUUUGUACGAAACAUUAAACUUAGCGACGAGGAUCAACUCAAUCAGAUAGAAGUUUUUCACGGGUCGCACAAGUGCCAUGACUACAGCAUGCGUUGCGUCUACCGGCCGGUGCUAGUUAACGUUCCAACGGCAGUCAAUUUAAACUAUAACCACUAUAGUAACACUAGUAGCUUUAGUGAUGCCAGCAGUAAUAUCAAUAACGGCACGAUAAAUUUGGCAGCUAUGAUCAAAAGAAAUCUAAAGGUGAUCCAGGGUUGGACUCGCGGAGCCUACGAGUGUAAGUGCAAGGAUGGUUUUUUCUCCGCACCUCACCCGAGAGGAUUCAACGGAAGCAUCAUGGAGGUUGCCUUCCAGGAGUACCGGGAUAACAUUAGUACUUACUAUAUGGACGUUUUUGUGUGCGUCCGGUGUGCCCCUGGCUGCGGAACCUGCACGGGACCGGAAGCUUGUCUAGCAGUCUACAACUGGGUAUUUAGAACCACUUUGCUAACAUUUUCGGUUAUGUGUGCCGGUUUCACCGUAGUUCUCGCGCUUUAUAUGUACCAAUAUCGCAAGGUCAAGGUUUUCAAAGUGGCCAGUCCAAUUUUUCUUACCAUCACCCUGUUGGGUUGUGCCUUCAUGUAUUUAGAGAUGGCUGCCAUCUUUCCAAUCUUGGACACCUACUCGUGCAUUGCCACCAAGUGGACACGACAUAUGGGAUUCUGCGUUACGUACACGGCUCUGCUGAUGAAGACCUGGCGGGUUUCAUUGACCUAUCGUGUUAAAUCUGCCCAUAAGGUAAAACUAACGGAUAAACAACUGCUCCAGUGGAUGGUUCCAAUACUGCUGGUGAUGCUCAUUUUCCUGGGCACCUGGACAUUGUCGGCGCCGCCAUUCGCAGAGAAGAUCGUAGACAAGAACGGGCUAAUAUUCAAACAAUGCUCGUACAACUGGUGGGACCACAGUCUGGCCAUCGGAGAAGUGCUGUUCCUAGCCUGGGGCAUUCGGGUGUGCUAUAACGUGCGGAAUGCCGAAUCACUGUACAACGAGGCGCGGCUCAUUUCGUAUGCCAUCUACAAUAUAGCGCUCGUCAACACCACCAUGGUCGCAUUUCACUUAUUUAUCUUUCCCCAAGCGGGGCCAGAUAUUAAAUACCUGUUGGGUUUCAUCCGGACUCAACUUAGCACAUCCGUAACGAUAGCACUAGUAUUUGGCCCGAAAGUUCUAAGGAUACUACGCGGACAAGGGGACCAGUGGGAUCAGCGUGCUCGAAAGCGGGGCAUAACCGCAUCGUUCUCGCUUAACGGCAUCGGAUUAGUCCCCGAGGAAACCGCAGAUUUAUACCAGGAGAACGAAGAACUGAAGGAAGAAAUUCAGAAACUCGCUGCUCAAAUUGAAUUCAUGAAAAUUGUUCACAUGGAAAUGAACAAUCGCCACCUCAAACCGAAACCGGGUGGCUAUUUCACGCUGAAGAGCCCUCUGGGGAAAACUAUCGGUGGCGGUGGACUGCAUUCGUCCUACAAGCAUAAACAUGCACCGAAGGAGGAUUCACUCAAGGAGAACAGUGGCAUCACCGAGGAUGGACACAGCGGUAGCAACAGCUGCUACUCCGGAACGGCCAACUCAAUUGGCUACCCAUCGUCACUGCAGCAACAGCAGCAACACUCUAACGGAACCGAAAGGGUAUGACAUGGCUGCCGAGGUGGACGAGAUUGCUCAUCAAGCCCCAUCACAGUAACCGUGACCCCGCUUGUAACCCCAUCAAACCGUGCCCCUACUACUACUGUGAGGUCAAACUUUUCCUCCUCAUCGUCCGCUAUCAUCUGUCUGUCAUCAUCAUCACCAUCAUCAUCCCCAGCGUGUACCGCCACCGACAGCACUAAUCAUAACAAUAGAAUAAACAUGAAUUACAACCUUCUCGAACGCAAGUGGGCGAAAGAGAACAGUCCCGCUGGCUCCGGUGGUCACUGCAGUAGAAACAGCAGCUUCAACAACUACAAUAAUAAUCCGUCAGAUGGUCAGGAUGGCACUGAGCAGACAGCUUCGUCCUGCCGCGAAGAUCAAGAGUUUCGUUGCAAUCGGAUCAAUAACAACUGCGUAGAUGCGGACAGAGAGAAAAUCCCCACAUCUGAUGAUCAUUCAGCAUCGUCCAAUUUGACCCUCAAUCCAACCCCGACUCCGACCAGUAACAGCACUGAAUCACCCAGUAAUGCCGUUGACAGUAGAAUCCCAGUUUAUGUCUAAAUUACCGACCACGCGGACAACGAUUACGCCUCGUAACUCGUAACCAUCAAAACCUACGCUGUACACAGCGAACAAGAAGCGUACAAAAUUCACUGAACCGCAUGUCACACGCCACCAUCCAGUUUAUCCUCUGCCUGGUGCGAAUCUAUCCCACAGACGGAUGAAGGCGUAGAUAUCAUUGCUACACACUUUGAAUGGAAUCGGUAUCAACCGCAGCCCCACUGGGGAGAGCUUCGUUGAAGCGAGAAAAAGGACAAACGCACUCGGGCAAAACCGCUUUCAAUAAUGAAGAAAAAUGACCGCAAAAGUAGCACACGGUCAGCGCUUUAAAUGGUGGGACAACUUGUGGAAUUGCUGGUCACAUUUCUGGAGUAAAUGUUCUUCAACCAAACAGUAUUAAGCCACUAUCCGGCCGGCUCACCGGAUCCCUGGGUGGAGGUUAGCUGAAAGUUCGUUCGUUUUCAGUACCCUUGCAAUUAAUUUUGAGCCAGAGUCACAUUCUAACCGUCGCAACAGCCACCACCUGCUCAAUACACCCGCAUGCAGCAGAUUCCCUGAAAACUACUCUUCACAUGCCAAGGCCACUCCACCGCACGCCCAGCCCAAAGUAUGUAAGUAAAAAGGUAGGCGACUUCCGGUAAUUAAAUCAAAAUUCAAUUUAGCACGCGUAUUUCGUGUUUAACAGUUCCCAAAAGAGAACCCAUAAUUUAUUCUGAACUUCAGUAACCAUAACCGAGCGCGGUGGGACAGAUUUACCGGAACGAAACCUGAUACUCGUGGGAAAAAUACACGGUAAAACCAGUUCAGGCAGUUGAGUCCUUCUCGGUAGCCGUACUUCCCGAAUUGGCUAUAGUCAAUUGCAAUGUGACAAUAACCGAAAUGAAAUCAUUAUUGCUUGCCAACUUUUUGCAGCAAACACAGGGUAGAGCCAACAUUAAAGAUGCUAAUGCCGAGAUAUCAGAUAGAAGUAGACAAGCUAUAUUAUAUUUGAUUUGUGAAUAAUCCUAGUGAUUUAUAGACAGAAUCGAAUCCAGCUAGUGUUUGCGAGCAUGCAACUGUGACAGUAUUCAUCAAUAAAAUCUAUAUAAAGCCAUAAACCAAUUGUCCAAGUGUCAAAUAAACCCUCAUCUGAUGAAAAAAAAAUAUACCGUACGGCUUAGCUGUUGAUCCAAUAUUUACCAGAACAAACCAAAGAGCAUGAAACAUAAACACAACCCACCCGAAAGUUCUGACACGAUGAUGAUCUAUAGUUAGAUAUGAAUAUAUCAUCUAUUCAGUAAGGAAAACUCUAUGCACAAACAAUGCCAUUCGAUGUCAGUUUCACUAUCUCUAAUUGUAAGUGAGUUCAACUGAGCAUUAUAGCUUGGCUUUUAGUUUCAAAAAACUCAUCAACUUUAUUCAUACUAAUCAAAUUACAAGAGAAAAAAAAACAAAUUUUUAUAACUACGAACCAAAUCGUGAAUUAUCGUUAACUGCUGACAUGUUGAAAUGAUGUAAGUUUAGAAAAAUCUUUUUAGAACAAUGUUUCGACGUUAUAAACGGCGGUCAAAAUAAAUAAUUAAAACAAAGUCAAUAAAAAUGUCAUCUCUGGAGUAGAGCGAAAACAGACAGUCUAGGUGAGCAAAACUUGUUGUUAGGGAAAUUGAUGUGAUAAUAAUGCGAGACACACAAAAUCAAAUUUCUCCGGAAAUGAUUCGCUAGAAGAGCUUUCCGCAAGCAGAACCCCUUCCCGAUGUCUGACCGUCAGCGCUGAGUCUUUCGGUUAUUGGCAAACAAAUAUCAACGUUUCCUGAAGGACGAAGAGCGCGAAUGGAUGAGUGAAAUUUGUAGUCAUGGUCAAAUGAAACAUGUUUUUCUAUCAACUUAAAUAUGCUUUUCUGUGAGUGAAAAAUUUAAAUUUCUAAUUCAAACCAGAAGGUUUUAUUUCAACAGUUAGCCAGAACAACCACUUUCAGCUGUCGUAAAAAUGUCAGCUGACAAACGCAGUGAUGGACAGCAACCAGACGGGAGAUAAAUUUGAUGGUGGCAUCAAGAACAGCGUAACCCAUCAGGUGGUCUCAUGUUUUACCAAAUUUCAACUUGUAUUCCACUGUCCCCCGCGGGUAUUUCCUACUGAAACGCAAAUAGGAGUGUCGUGCUACAUAAGUGGCAAUUCAUCAUGUUUAACGCUUUUAUUCAAGUUGAAUUGCGAUUCGCUGCCAAAGUCAGUCAACCGUAAUUACCUUUUUUAGAACGACCUUUUUACGCCUCGCGAACCCAAUGUAUCAGCAUUCCCAUCAUGUUGCGAAUUGUGCAUAACAUUAUGUGGACCGCGAGGUUUACCCAUGUCAUCGAAGAAGAAAAAAAAAAUACAACGCGAAGGGUGUUUCAGAGAAAAUGACCCUCGGGAGCCAAAAGGCUCUGUGCUGCGUUCUUUCACCGUCCACUUCUAGUCUAGUCCGUAGGCCUGGCUUUAGCUUUCCUCCCUCACAGCAUGAUGAACUAAAUUCUAAAAAUAUAUAAAACCAAUUUCUUAAACAUACUAGAACCGAGUAGGAAUAUAGCCAGCCGGUCCACCUGGGACCCGGGAAGAGGACCAGAAGUGGACGUAACGCUUUGAAGUUUACUUCCUUUGCCGAAGGACUCAAAUCAACAGCAGCAGCAGCAGGUAAAUCAGUGGGUCUCACUAAAGCGGUUAGAAGCAGAAAAGUCCCAACAGAGAGCGAAACUUGCGCUCCUGGGAAAUCAGAUUGGAGGCGUUCAUCACUGCCGGAGUCAGUUUUUGGAGGAUGUUUCUACGCUUGAAGGUGGAUGGGCGACAGAUGAGUUCUCGUUUCGAUAGAAAGAGAGCAUUUCACAAAACUUUUGUAAUAUAGAUGACCAUCAUUAUUUUAGUGAUUUUGUUGAAUUGGAAAAUUAUCGUUCACCCCCGAAUAAAUUUGUAUUGCUUAAGAACCACCGUAGAAAAAAAAACAGGAAACAGUUUAUUUGCCUAAAUCGGUAUCAUUACAUAUAAUGAAUUAUACUCAGUUAUAGUUGAUAUUAUCAUACUUUAAAAUUACCUGGAAUUGUAAUUGUUAUCGAAAUUCGUCCUAAAUGUAUAGCUAAUUUUCUCAGCCUUGGUUAAGUCAUAUUGUGAGAUAAUCGUUCCAACUCAAUGUUUAUCAAAUGAUAUUUAAAAUUUUUGAUUUUCUCAAUAGAAUUAGUAAAGAAAUUGUAAGAACCUUUGAAUUUUAUCUAUGAUUUGAACUUUGUCAAGUUCCAGGAGUGUAGCAUUUUCUCUAAGUGUAACAAUUCCAAGCAACAAGUUCCUAAAGGUCAAACACUGAAUUUAAAAUACAAAAAUUCAAAAACAUACUAAUUAGUUGAAUUAGUUUUAGUAUUAAUUUAUUAUAAAAAAACUUAAUCUUCAGAAAACGAACAAACAUCGCGAGUAACACUUCUUCGCCAUUAUGUGAUUCUAGCAUAAAAUACCAUGUAAAAUCAAUAUUAGCAUACUCCAUACAGAAAACUCUUCUUCUUUGAAGAACAGAGCGAAAAAAAAUAAUAUUCAGUGCAUAACAUUAAAAACGAUGCAAGCCUAUCUGCCUCAAAGCACUUACAAAAGCCGCUGCAACUAUUACUCGCGGUAUCCUUUCCCUUUUAUCUCCUCGUGCCAGAAUUAUCCGAGAUCACAAUGUCAUGUGUGAUCGUCAUCGCCGCUAGGAAUUAAAGCGCAUAAUCUGGAUUUUAAUUUAACGCUUCGUUUUCGGUGCACAGCGACUUUUCAACCUCAGUCUAAGCAGAGCGACGACGGGUUUGGGUCCUGCAUGACGGAAGUGGGUAAAGCGAAACCAUGAUGAUGGGCUUCCGUGAACGAUGAUAUCAGACCGCUAAUUUUUCUGGUGAAUAAAUUACUAGGAGAUUCUCCCAGCUGGUCUCGAGGUAAGAUGCUGGCUUAACAAGCCAGUCGUCGUAUGUUUGAGUCUCGGCUCGGGAGAGACUGUUAGUGUUAGUAGGAUCGUAGCGCUAGCCCCGCAAUUGUCCUGUACACUCAACAGUUGGCUGCGAAGUCUGUGUAUAAUAAACAGGAGGUCGAGUUCCGAUACGGAAUGUAGCACCAAGGCUUUGCUUUUCUAUGACUAGGAGAAGUUAAAAACAAAAACAAAACAGAAAAAAACACGUGUGGCGAUAAAAUUUGCUUAAAUGGGGAUGCUUCAUGUUUUAUUAUACCUAAAAUGUGUGUUACAAACGUCCCCAAAUCAUUGUAAUUAGUGAAGAUUAGUUAAAAAAAUAUCCUUCGUUUAUGUUCCUCGUGUAUCCUUAGGUGAAUAGAUUUUAUGGAAGUGUUAGAUAUUCAAGAGGACUAUAGAGUUAUACUCAUAUAAUAAAACCCAUAUUAUAAACAUCAACAUGCAACUAAAUCAAGUAGAUAAAAUUUGUUGGAAAAAGUAAAAUAUUAUCAGAAUUUAAAGUCCAGUUGAGCUAGCAUUAGCAAUAACAAAAUAAAUGUACAAGUGUUUAAUCAAAGAUAUGCUGUGCGAAAAUAAAUUUGUAAAAUAAAAUGAGAAAAACAAAA